GCGUCCAAGGUCGAAUUUGACAGCACUUCAAAAUGGAGAAAGAGCCCCAAGCCCCUGAGUCGACUCCAGCUGCACCUGAAGAAAAGCAGCAGAAGACAUGGAGAAACGAGGAGCAAGUCCUCCCAGAAAACAGACUAGGCAUAGUAUUCCUUGGUUUGAUGGCAACCGUCUUCUUGGCUGCUUUGGACCAGACUAUCGUCUCUACGGCAUUGCCCACAAUUGUAGAGAAGAUUGGAGGUGGAAAAGAUUAUGGAUGGGUCGGCAGUGCUUAUCUGCUCGCUGCAGCGGCACUCUCCACCAUUUACGGAAAACUGUCUGAUAUUCUUGGUCGGAAACCCGUAUUGUUUGGCUCAAUUCUAAUAUUCUUGAUCGGCUCUGCACUAUGCGGUGCCGCUCAGAAUAUGACAUGGCUCGUAGUAUGCCGUGCCGUCCAGGGUAUAGGAGGUGGCGGCAUUAUGCAACUCGUGCAGAUCACAAUUUCUGACAUCGUCUCCCUGCGAGAUCGAGGGAAAUAUGCUGGACUUAUUGGCGCUACGUGGGGUGUGGCUAGUGUCAUCGGGCCCCUCUUGGGAGGAGUGUUUGCGGAACAUGUCUCCUGGAGAUGGUGCUUCUUCAUCAACAGACCUACGGGUGGAGUUGCGUUCGCCAUCCUGUAUGUAUUCUUGAACCUCAAUCCGCAUCAGGGCAAACCCUUCAGCCACCAUGUCCGAGAAUUCGAUUUCUCUGGGCUUCUCCUCAUCAUGGGCGGCGUUGUAUGCAUUCUCAUUGGGUUCAACUUCAGCGAGACAGCUUGGGACUCUGCCGCAACGAUUGCUCCACUCGUAGUCGGUUUCUCCCUACUACUCAUUGCAGCAGCAAAUGAAGUGUUCACUCCACGGGCGCCCAUCGUCCCACCGCGUCUCUUCAAGGUCCGGACAACAGGGUUUAUCCUCAUCUCAGUCUUCCUUCAUGCGAUCGCGUUCUUCAGUGGUACAUUCUACCUGCCUGUUUACUACCAGGUGCUAGGCGCUUCUGCCACGCUGUCCGGUGUCAAAAUGCUUCCUUUCUCCCUCGGCUCCGCAAUGUUAUCCGUCGUCUCAGGACAAGUCGUUGCACGUACCGGUCAAUGGAGACCGGUGAUGUGGGUAGCCUGGGCCGUUUUCACUCUGGGAAUGGGCCUCAUGAUUAUGCUGAAGGAGAGCUCCUCAACUGCUGUGAAGGAAAUACUCCCAUUGAUAUGUGCCCUUGGUCUCGGUUGUCUCUUCCAAACGCCAUUGAUCGGUCUCCAAGCCGCGAUGCCUUUGAAGGAUAUGGCGACUAGCACGGCAACUUUCGGUUUCCUCCGAUUGCUCGGAGGCUCGAUGGGCGUUACCAUUGGUGACGCUAUCCUGUCCGGCGUUUUGCAACGGAAAGUCAAGAACAUUCCAAAUCUUAUGAUUAAUACGUCCGCGUCCAACCUAAAUCAGUUCGUACCUCAAAUCAAGAACAUUCCUAAUGAACAAGCUCGUGUCGCACUUAUGACAGCGUACUGCCAAGCAAUUAGCACGAUUUGGACCGUCAACACGCCAAUCAUUGGAGUGGGUUUCAUCCUCGUGCUGUUCUUGAAGAACUACUCGCUCAAACGAAACAUCGUCCGAGGCGGUGCACAGAACAAUGCGGAUCUCGAGGCAGGGCAGGCCGAACAGGUCGCAGAAGCGAACCCGUCAGAUCUACCUAUUGACCCGGCCGCUGGAGAUGACCAGCAGCAAGAUACCGCCGGCGAGAAACCUCGGUCGUCGAUAUCAAAGGAGGACACACAGACGAUCGCGGAGAUGGACGACACACAGAAGACGCAAUCCAGAUGAGGCACGAGAUGCGGCCUGAGGCGGUAGCGUCUGUUGUGGGCGCAGGGUGGCGGCUUCCAUGUUGGACCCGAGCAUUCAUGCAUAUCAUUAACGACUAUUCGGAACGGCACGACACGCAUGGCAUCUGAAUUAGAUAUAUUGUACGCAACUUUUAGACAGUCUAUAUCAAUGUAGCACUUGUGGAUUUA